AUGGUGGACAAUCACGUAACUACAAAACCAAGACGUAAAUCAGCCACGUCACCUAAGAACCCGAAAUUACCAUCACCACGACCUGAACCCACGAUGAUUAAAAGAAGAAACUCAUCAUUAGCCAAUAGUUCAUCUCCUUGGUUUAGAAGAAAUUCAUUUUUAAGUAAUUCCAUGAUUGAAAAUGAAAAUUUCCAAGUUUAUGAAUCAUCUUAUAGUAAUAAUUAUAAUAUCAUAAGUUUAAAAGAGUAUCAAGGUUUUAUAUUUAAUCAGGAUUUAUUUGCUACUCCUUAUCAACAACUGAGAAGUUUGGCUAUUGAAAAAACUCGAAGAUUGAAUAGUAUGAGUCAUGGUAAUAGUGGAGGUAACACAUGCUUGAGAAGACACACUAGUUAUCAUCCACAAAGGCCGAACUUGAAUGAAAGUAAAAGAAACAGUAUUGACACAGAUGAUAAUGAUGUAGCGAUUGAAGAUGAUGACGAAGAUGAAGAUGAAGUCAUGGUCGAUGAACAAGAAGUUGUUGAAGAGGAGGAAGACGACGACGAUGAUGAUGAAUAUGAAGAAAUGCAAGGUUAUGGUGGGGAUCAAACUAAUCGAAGAUAUAAAGUACGAGUUACAGAAAUUGUAAUUAAUGAAAAAGAAAACGAUAUUUUUCCUAAUUAA